UUAGCGGUCCCACGGCGGCAGACAAUUUGGCACGCCACAUUUACAUCAUCCCGCUCCUAUUCCAGUUUCUCGAUUAAUGUCCCGCAAACAUGGAGAUAAAAUUGCUGUCGUGUCCCCUGUGUCUGAAACCGCAUUUCGAGGGUGUCGACUCACUUAGAUCGACGCUAGUUAGUGUCGCAACUUCGCAUUUGUCGUGUCCGGUGUGCAGUGAAGUGUUGCUGGGCUUGGACAAGCUCACCAUCCAUCUGUUCAGCCACAUAAGCCACGUGAAGGUGAGCGCGGUCGAAGAGGAGGUGCAGGAGGACAGUGUGCGGAAGGAAAUCGACCAGAGCAUCGACAGCAUAUCCGGUACGACGCAGAUAGUUGAAAAUGAACGUGCCGAGUCGGGGAAAGGCAAAAGCCAGGAGAAGAACUUGCGGUGCGACAUUUGUGGGUUCUGUUUCACGGACCAGAACAUCCUGGAGAUGCAUCAGAACCUCCUCCAUCAAACCACACCGGACAAAAAGACGGGUUUGUACAGUUACCACUGCCACCUGUGCAGUAAGAAGUUCAAGAUGAGGGGCAGCCUGAUGGUGCACCUCAGGGUGGCUCACUAUGGGUACUCACACGACUCCAACGGGGGCCAAAACGGUGGAAGGAAGAAGUCUAACAAGGCCAGUGAUGUGAGUGUGGACGAGACUGUUGCUAAAGCGUCGCCAAAGCAAAAGCAGCAGGAUAAUAAACAGUGGGAGUGUGACGUUUGUUCUAAGAUGUUCACCACCAAGUACUUUUUGAAGAAACACAAAAGAUUACACACAGGUGAAAUGCCAUACUCCUGCUCCCAGUGUAGCAAAUCCUUCACAUUUCAGCAGUCCUACCACAAACACAUGCUGUACCACUCCUCAGAGAAACCUUACGUUUGCAGCGAAUGCGGACGCGCCUUCAAGGAACUGUCCACACUCCAAAACCACCAGAGAAUACACUCUGGGGAGAGACCUUUUGGCUGCGAAACCUGCGGUAAAAGAUUUCGGCAGAGGGUUAGCUAUUUAGUGCACAGAAGGAUCCACACGGGCGUGAUGCCCUACAAAUGUACGGCCUGCGACAAAAGCUUCCGCUACAAAGUCAGUCAGAGGUCACAUAAAUGUCCGAUGAAUCCUCCGGGGUCGGUGGUACGGAUUGCCGAUGUUUCGGACUCGGCUCCUUCACCAACCAGUGUUCCAUCACCUGUUCCGGUGACAACUGAGACGGAAAGCCAGAACAUGAAGUGCAUAAUGUCGGUGGAUUAUGCCACAGGGAACAUUAAUUUUAUACCGGAGAAUCAGGGCAACAUUAAUAUUUUGUACAUAGACAAUGGGGAGAAGAAACAGCCUGAUAAUGGACAGAUACAGAUAACGUAUAACAAAAUGGACUUUGCCCCUAAUUCUUUACAGUAUACAAAUAACAAUAAUGAUGAUGGUGGUGGUGGAGGUGCAGUUCAAGAUCAAAGAGACUUAUUUUCCAUGGUAUUAUCACCCUUACUGCCUGAUGUCGAGUCAUUAUGUUUGACCAACAACAGCCCCGACAAUAGUGACAACUCACAAAUGUUAAACACCAUGGAUAAAUUGAUUUAUAAAGAAAAUAAUAAUUUAUGACCAUAAACGAUAUUUUUGUACAUUUUGUGUUUUAGCAAUUUAUUAAAAACACAUAACAAAGAA